CGUGUGUGUGUGUUGGGCUCCGUGGGCUGCAGUGAUUAAGAGUUGUGAUGAGACCAUUCACUGGUCUACAGCAGUGGGAGGUCUGGUGCUGGGUCUAGAACACAGAUCUCGGAGUCAGGAUGCCUGGUUUCAAAUCCAAGCUCAGCCAUUUCUUAGGGGAGUGACUUCAGGCAAGGUCUCUCUCUGUGCCUCAGUUUCCUCACUGCGAUACGGGGACGACGGGGGUAGCUCCCUCGUAAUUGGCGGCAGUGAUAAUUAAAUGGAAUAGGGCAGGUAGUCUUGGCACAAUGCCUGGGGCUUUUCUAUCAUGGUUAUUGUUGCCCUUCACUUCCUGCCUUGAAAGCUCUGUCCCAGGUGACCACCAGCCUUGAAUCCAGGGGCCCGAUUGGGAGGCGUCCCUUUCAUGCGUACUGACAGCAGCAAUUCCUAAGCGUUCUUCAGCUCGGUCCAGGACACCAGAUUUCUGACGAGAAGAAUCUUCUUGGCAGGUUGCGUUUUGCCAUUUUCGUUUGUUCACCAGACCUUCAGGCUGGGCUCUGUGCUGAGCCUGGGGUCACAGUCUGGAUUGAGGGACUCGAGGUCUAGUGGGAAGGACCAACAAGGACGGAGCAGUUAUAGUAAGUGGGGGAGGGGGACCCUGGGGGCCGUGAUAGCCCGGAACAGGAGGCAGGAAGGCUUCCUGGAGGAGGUGCUGUCCAGUGAGACCAGAAAGCAGAGAAGUUAGUCAAGGGAAGGAAAGCUGUUUAAGACAGAGGCCCGAGUGGAGGGAGAGCAGGGCAUAUGGGGGGAACUGUGGCAUUCUGGGGAUCCCAGUGCAAGCCGGGGUGGUAUGUGGAGUCAGGGGCGGGCAGAGGCCAUGUGAGAGGAGGGGAUGGUUUCUUGCAGGCCAGCCCGCAGUCAGGAGGCUUAGAUUUCUUAGCUGCCACACUCCCUGCCGGGAUGAUGUGCCGAGUUUGCCAGCAGGGGCAUAGCAUUUUCACUGGGCUUGGCUGGAAGGACUGUUUAAUCUUCCCUGCAGACAAGAAGGGUCAGCUCUGCCCUCUUUUGGACCAAAGCGUUUUCUGUAUUUAGUGGUGCUCUAUGAGGGCUUAAAAUAGAAGAAGCCCAGAAGCCAGGGCUGUGCUUCAAGCAGAGAGGGGAAAGGAAGGAGGCCUGGGUGCAGCCCUGUAGGUAGUAAGCGCUCACCUGGGCUAUAGUAGAGCGGUCAGAUCUUCAGCAUGCCUGCCCCAUACCGGGCCCUUUAUCUAUUUCAUUCCUAUUUCAGCUGUCAGGACCUGCCUUCCAGAAGUAGUUUCCCAUUUCACAGAUGAGGAAACUGAGCUCAGAGGAGAAACGAGACCUGCCUUGGGACAGGCAGCCAGGAAGUUGGCAGAGUGGAAUUUGACCGCAGGCCUGCCCAGUUCCAAAGCUCCUUCUCCUCCAUCACCAAGGGGCACUGCUCCCCGGGGCAUCUUGGGGCUGCUGCCCUUUGUCCUCAUCCUGAGCCCCACCCCUCUCAAGCUGUCCUUCCCGUGGACAGAAUGAAGCUGCCCAUGGAAAAGGUCCAUCCCCCUCACCUCUCCCUCCCUCCCUCCCUCCCUCCAGGCCUGGAGACUCAAAAGCUGACCUCUGGGAAUCCUGCCCUGGAGGAGGGGGAAUCUGAGCUCCGCACCCUUUCCCCCAGGCUUAGGCUCCUGAUAUUUCUGCCUGGUAAAAACUGGCCUGCAGUCGGCCACUCCCACCUGCCAUCGGCAGGGGUCACGGUGCACCCACACCCUCUCCCCUGAGUCCGGCUAUUCACAGGCCCUUCCCGCCCAGAGGCAGCCCCACCAAUCAGUCAGCAAGGGCACGGGGCUAGGGCGAAAACCCUUCCUCCUCCAGCACCCAGGCUUUCCUGCAGGUGAGGAGCAAGCAUCCUGUCUCCCUGCUGUGCUGUCAUCCACCCACAGCAGAGUUGGUAACAGCACAGGCUGUGGUCCUGGUCCCACGUCCUCCUCUUAAUCGUAGCCCCAGGCAUGCAAAGCGUCUGGCAGAUAGGAAGUGCUCACAUGGGGUGCCUGUUAGGAUUAUGGGCUUCCUGGGGACACAAGCCCCUCCUCUAUGCUGAGCCCUGUGCUCCUGAGGGAGACAGACUCAGAAGAACAAUGACCGCUAACUUGUAUCACACAGCCCGUCUGUGCCAGACAGAGUUCUAAGUAGGUGCCUGCACUUGACCCUCCGAACAAGCCCCAUGAGAGAGCUAUUACUGUUAGUCCCUUACAACUGUUGAGGGAACAAAGAGGACAGAGAGGGAAACAACUUGCCCAAGGGCACACAGCAAGGGUAGUCCGACAGGAUUCCUGCUAGAAGGAGAGGAUGUUUGUGCGGGAAGGGUGACUGCUGAGUCAGGGUGGGGGGUCAGGUGGGAAGCGGUUCACAUUUGCACUAGAAGCCUUCAUAGUAUUGAGCAGAAAUCUGUAAGCAUUUAGAAAUCCCGCAGGUCGGUUUUUAGUGCGUUCACCUACUUCUGUAGUUGUCGGUCUCACGUCCCGCCUCUAGGCGUGGCAGGGUGGGGACAGUCUCCAGGUGGCCUGUGGGUUUACUGAGAAGAUCCCAGCUGAUAUUCCCUGACGUCUGUUGUGUAGAUCUCCAACCCCCUUUCAAAGCAGGUCAGGGGACAGGUGAUGUCCUGAGGGCUUUCUAGACAACAAAGGAAGGGCCAGGUCAUCUCGGGGAGAGCAAAGAAUCCCCGGCAACAUAGCCUGAGGUCAGAGAGCAGACCUGAUGGGAAACGGUACUGUGGAUCAAAUGUAGACAUGACCAGUGUGUGGACAUCAUGUGGAGGCAGGUAUCAGCUGAGUCAAAGGAAGAACUUUCUAACUGUGGAAGCAGUCUGCAGGUGGAAUGAGAGCAGUGAGGAACAAGUGCCCUUUGCUGGAGUGGUACUGGUGUUUAGCCCAGCUGGGACUUGAGAUGGACAUUGUAGAAGCAACUGAGCAUCACAUGGAUCCAGGAUGAAUUGUUCAUGAAGGUGCCCUUUGACCUUGGGGUCUUAUGGGGUGUGCUAUCCACUGUUGAUCUGCUGAACGCCUGCAGGCCCCUUCACAAUCUUUCAUUUAUAUAAUCCUCCUGACAGUUCUGUGGCUUGGAAGGUCUUGGGCCCAUCUUAUAGCUCAGGAAGUAAGGCACAGACAGAUGAAGCCACCUGCCCUCGCCUGGGUCUGUUCCCCACCCCUAGUCUCCCAGCCUCAGCAUUUUUGCAGACUCAGUGACAGAUAUUUCUGAGCGGGGUUUGGGACAGUCGUCCUUGGACAUCAGUCCCAGUUCACCCUUGUUUCUUUUUCUCUCUGCAUUCUUACUACUGGGACUCAGCUGGCCUCUUGCCUCACCUCUGGGCGGUGGGGAGAAAGUUCUUUUAUGAGUAAGCCAUUUGGGGAAAUGGGUGAGUGGGGGUAUCUGGGGCAGGAUUGGCACUUGGCAGGAUGCCCACAGCUAUUAACAAGUGUAUUCUGUUUAUGCCUUCAACAUUACACAUUGUUUUAUAUUACAGUUAUAUCCCUUGGGCACGUGUUUUCUUUCCUUUUCCCCCCAAGGAUGAUGGAUUUAAGAGCUGGGUGGGCACAUGCAUACCCUGUAUCUCCAAAGCUGGGUCUGCCUGGUAACUUUCCACUCCACCCAAGAGCUUCCCUUCCCCUCAAGGUUUGGGGGCAAUUCAAGGUCAGGAGAUGGGACAGCGGAAUUUCCCUGACUCUGAGGAUGGCCCAGACCUUCAUCCCUGCAGAGAAGUCCCCCAGGGACUCUGUUCCUAGGACCGGAGGGAGCUUGGAACCUACUUCCUAUUUGGCAGAUAGGGACACCGGGACCAGAGUGCAGGGUCACACAGCAAUUACAGAUGAGGUCUUUGACUGGAAUCCCAAGAGAGGUGAUGGAAAGAGCAUGGUUUUGGAGGCAGUCUUGAGUUCAAAUAGUUGUACUCUAUCUAACCCGUGUCACCCUGGGCAAGUCAUUUCCCUUUCUGAGCCUCCACUUUCUCGUCUCUAAGAUGGGGAUAAUGAUGCUACCUCCUUUGUGGUCAGGCAGUGAGGUACAGAUAGGGAACUGCGUGAGAAGUCUGAGCCCAACACAAGACAAGGACUCCAUAAGUCUCCCUGAAGGCAAAGGGGUCUGCGCUCCUGAAAUUGACGGGGUUGAGGGGGCUGGGGUGGGGAGGAACAGUAGGACCAUUAGUCCUGUUCCUCUCAGGUCCCCGUGAUAGAUCACUGAAGUACCCACCGGUUGGCUAGAGAAGCAGUUCUGCAUAAUGGUCAAGGGCAUGCAUGGAUUUUGGCUUCCCAUCUGAGUGGAAUCCUGAGCCAGCUCUUUCCGGAGCCACACAGGCUUCCUCCGGCAUCCUCAGUCCUCACUCACCUACUCCCAUGAGCCCUCGGGGAUUCGGAGGAUGGUCAGCAUGAUGGAGGAGGUGGAGGGAAAGGAGAAAGCUGGAUCUUCAGAGAAGGAAGCAGAGUGGCAGAGGCACCCUCCAGAGUCACUUCUUGGCGAGCCUCAGAGUCCAACGUGGCAGGGAAGGAAACUUUAGCUGAGGACCCACACUGUGUGCGGGGCACCAUGUGGGAACCCUGUUCCUUCCCCGCAGGGACGACUUCUACGCUUUGCCUGAAGCAGCCAUUGCCUCUUCUUCCUAGCUUUGUGGAGCCAGGCUAGUAGGGGUUCAAAUGCUAACUCCAUCUUUUCCUGGCUGUGUGGCCUUGGGCAGCUCUCCCAACCUCCCUGAGCCUCCCUGCCUCACUGGCAAUGGGUCUGGUAGCAGUUACCUCACCCAGAAGGAUCACAGGAGGUCUGGUGAAUGUAGGCCAAGUUUCAGUCUCUGCGUUGCCCCCUGGGAGGUCUGUCUCGCUCAUCAGGUCCCACCCCCAGUUCCUUUUUGAGGCCUUGGGGACAUUAGGCACUGGGGCUCCCUCCCUGCCCUGCUGUAAUCAGUCACCCGCUUUCCUUUUUUAGAUGCUGCUUAUUGUUCAUCUCAAGUUCCGCCAAACUGUGGCCUUUGAGCCGCUCAAAACAAGCUGAUUGAUGAUAUCCACCCCCCCCCCCCCAUCCCUCCCUGAAACCAAGUCAGGGCAUCACUACACUCCUUUCCCAGAAGGUGGCUUAAGCUGCUUGUACAUAAUCUAGCUUUUUUCUGGCAUAUCCAGAGGGAAGCAAGAGACCUUGGCAUGGAGUGAGGCAUAAAACAGGAAAGAUGCAGCCUUUGGAGUCAGGACCAGAUCUGAAAACAGACCCUGCCCUCACAGGCUGGUGGCCCUCAUAAGGAUGUCCACCUCUCUGGGCCUCAGUUUCCUCCUCUGGAAGCCACCCAGCAGGAGAUGGUGAGGGGUGAAUGGACCACAUGGCAAGCACGUUCACUGUGCCAGAGCUGGGCUCCCCGCCCCUCAGGGCCAGCAAACAUUGCCCAGCGGUGGGGCUCACGAGGAACAUUUCCUCAGCUCUAGGAGCCAGGACAGCAUGGUUCAAGGAGAGUCUCCUCCUUCUCCAGCAUCGCUUUGACCCUGAGAAGCAGGACCAGUGGAUCUACUGUUCCACAAAGUCAGGAUGGGGCCCUACAGACCCGAGCCCGCCGGCACGCCUCCUGGCCACCCGCCCAUGCUGUGGCCCAGGGCCGGAACGGCGCCCGGUCCUAGGCGAAGCGCCCCGCUUCCACGCGCAGGCUAAGGGCAAGAACGUGCGACUUGAUGGCCACUCGCGGCGGGCCACCCGGCGUAACAGCUUCUGCAACGGCGUCACGUUCACGCAGCGGCCCAUCCGACUGUACGAGCAGGUGCGGCUGCGCCUGGUGGCAGUGCGCCCGGGUUGGAGCGGUGCACUGCGCUUUGGCUUCACGGCGCACGACCCGUCGCUCAUGAGCGCCCAGGACAUCCCCAAGUACGCCUGCCCCGACCUUGUCACGCGACCUGGCUACUGGGCCAAGGCGCUGCCCGAGAACCUGGCGCUGCGUGACACCGUGCUGGCCUACUGGGCAGACCGUCACGGCCGCGUGUUCUACAGCGUCAACGACGGCGAGCCGGUGCUCUUCCACUGUGGCGUGGCCGUGGGCGGCCCGCUCUGGGCGCUCAUCGACGUCUAUGGCAUCACGGAUGAGGUGCAGCUCCUUGAGAGCGCGUUCGCCGACACGCUGACGCCCGCGCGCCUCAGCCAGGCCCGCUUCAGCGCCUGCCUGCCGCCCAGCAGCCACGACGCCGCCAACUUCGACAACAAUGAGCUCGAGAACAACCAAGUGGUGGCCAAGCUGGGCCACCUGGCGCUGGGCCGCGCCCCGGGCCCGCCGCCCGCCGACGCCUCGGCCGCCGCCAUCCCGUGCGGGCCCCGCGAGCGCCCGCGGCCCGCGUCGUCGCCGGCGCUGCUCGAGGCUGACCUGCGCUUCCACGCGACGCGCGGACCCGACGUGAGCCUGUCCGCCGACCGCAAAGUGGCCUGCGCCCCGCGGCCCGACGGCGGCCGCACGCUCGUCUUCUCUGAGCGCCCGCUGCGACCCGGCGAGAGCCUCUUCGUGGAGGUGGGCCGCCCGGGGCUGGCGGCGCCCGGCGCGGUAGCCUUCGGCAUCACGUCGUGCGACCCGGGCGGGCUCCGGCCCGCCGAGCUGCCGGCUGACCCCGACGCGCUGCUCGACCGAAAGGAGUACUGGGUCGUGGCGCGCGCCGGGCCCGUACCGAACGGCGGCGACGCGCUCAGCUUCACGCUGCGGCCCGGCGGCGACGUGCUCCUGGGCGUCAACGGGCGCCCGCGCGGCCGCCUGCUGUGCGUCGACACCACGCAGGCGCUCUGGGCCUUCUUCGCCGUGCGCGGCGGCGCCGCGGGCCAGCUGCGCCUCCUCGGCACCCUGCAGUCCAGCCCUGCGACCACGUCUCCAUCAGGGUCCCUCAGCGGCUCCCAGGAUGAUAGUGAUUCUGAUAUGGCCUUCAGUGUCAACCAGUCCUCCUCAGCAUCUGAGUCAUCCCUGGUGACGGCACCCAGCUCCCCGCUGAGCCCCCCAGUGUCUCCCGUGUUCUCCCCACCAGAGCCGGCAGGCAGCAAGAAUGGCGAAUGCACAGUGUGCUUUGACGGUGAAGUGGACACAGUCAUCUACACGUGUGGACAUAUGUGCCUAUGCCACAGCUGCGGCCUGCGGCUCAAGAGGCAGGCCCGGGCCUGCUGUCCCAUCUGCCGGAGGCCCAUCAAGGAUGUCAUUAAGAUCUACAGGCCGUAGCCUGGCCUGCCAGUGGGCCUUGGCCAGAGCAAGGUCACCUUCCUGAAGGCCCCUGGGCCAGGCAACCACCAUGGCCGCCAAGGAAUCCAAGGGCAGUGGCCAUCCCGUCUGCCACUCUCCAAUAGUGGGCAAGGCGUGACAGUCAUGGAGAUGAGGCCCUGGGGGUCUGAGCCCAGGCAAGGGCUGCUUCUGGCUCAAAAGUGCUUUGCCCCCAAAAAGGCCGUCCCAAGAGCAAGCUCAGGAACUGCCUAGCAGACCACCCUGUCCUUCGGUGACCUCUCAGCUGGGAAGCAGCAUUCUCUGUGCAAUGCUUUUUGCUGGGGUUGGGCUGAGUGUGUGUGAGAGAGGGUGAGGGGAGGGAGUGGACAGAGAAGAGAGGGACUAUGUGAGAGAAUGAGUGAGAGAGAACACGUAGGUAUUUAUCCAGGGAUCCUGGCUCUAGGAGGUUAUUUAACACUAAGGAAUGUGCAAUCCAGAGCCCAGACGGUAGCGUGACUAGAAAUUGUUCACUUUCUGGGGCUGUCACGUCAGCUGGUUUUGAAUGUAUGAAGCCUGCACCUAAACAGAACUCCCUUGGAUGGUAUAGAAAAGGGACACUCAGAUUUUCUAAAGGAAGGCAAAAAUAGCUCAUUGUUUACAGCUCCAAAGCAGCAACGCCUUGGGGGGAAAGGUGGGUGGAGAACAUAAAAGAACAAUUUGCUUUUUUAGUUUCUUCCUCAGUCCUGGAGGGGAGUUUUGAUGGGUGCUACGGCCCACUGAGAGCUCUGGGUGGUGUCAUCCCCAGAAGCCUUUUCACCCUCUUCACCCCCUUCACCCUGGACAGCCUAAUAAUAAGCACAGUGCACCUUGACUUGGUCCCUAGAUGCUUUUCACCUGGUCUACCCCUUGCUGUCACCAAGGAGAAGACAAGCAGCAGGUUCUCUUUGCCUGGGGGAGGGAAAGAAUCCUGGAGGCAGAGGACUCACCUGGAAUUGGAAAGGCCACUCCAUCUCCCAGACAGCUCUCCACAUUUCCUGCUGUGACUCCCCGGGCCUGGCAUUCACCAGCAGCUGUUGGCAUCACCAGGGCAACCUGCUGGUGAAGUGGGAGGAGGAAAAGACUUGCAACCAGUUCUGACUCUCAGCUUCUCUUUUGCUGCUGAUUACUAAGAUGUUAAUUGACCAUUAAGAUGUUAACUAAUAGCUUAGAUAUUGAAAUGCUGACAUCGAGACUCUUCCCCCUUCCCAGGACUCUUUGCAGGCAUUUCCCCUGUCCCCCACCCUCCUCACCCUGCCUAGGCCCAUCUCUGCAGACUCCCAGACCAUCUCUGGGCUGAUGGGCUGGCCCGGGGCCUCUCUUCCCUUUUUGUCCCCAGUUCUGGGCCCAACCUCUGCCCGGUCUUGUGCUGUAUCUUUCAGGAAGCCCCUGGGCGUCUCUGAUUCUCAGUUACCGAUCCGUCCAAGAUGAAGCCCAGUACCUGCCCACUGCAGAACCUCUGGGAGGCCCAGUAUAACAUGUAAAAAGUCCAAGACACCCUGCAAAGAAUGGGUAUCAUUUUUAAUCACAAUUCCUAAUCUGUUCAUCUGCUGAACAGAUGAUGGCUGGGAAAGAACAUCCAGAGAGUUUUUGCAUUCAUAUGACAUAUGUUUGCUGGGGCUCUGGGGACCCAGAGCCCACCCCAGUUGGGCCCUUGUCAAAUCAAAUCCUAUAAGCCCAGGUGGUCUUCGUGAUGCUCUAGGUCUUGGGCCCCCUGCUUCUCUGCCCGGAAGUGGUCAUAGUGUUCUGACCUGAUCUCAACUUCAGAACGCCCACUCUUACUCCUGCAAGAACCCCUAAUUGGUUAUUUUCCCCCUAGUGAGUCUGGGAAACAUGCCCACAUUUUACUUUUGUGAUGAAAGUUUUGGGGGAGCUACUGGAACCCCAGAGUUUGCCAAUAUAAGAGCUGGGGAGGCUAGGCAGCACUCAAUGCCCAGCUGAAUUUGGCCUGCAGGAGCCUUCCAUUUCCCCCAUGGGUGAUGUGGGCACAGGCCAUGUGGGAGAGGACUCAUGACCUCCCCUACGGGACUGGUUCUCCAGGCAGCAGUGCCCCUGACUGGAUUGAGCCAUUCACAAGCUCUGGUGGUCUCAGAAGCUAGCAGGAGGCAGCUUGUCUUUCCUGCCACUUGCCUUUCCUGACUAUCUCCCCUGGGUUCCAGCCAGGGUCAUGUACAGCCACCAUCAGGAAACCAGUGACCGAGGGCCUGGACCUGAGGUGGAGCAGGCCAUGCUCCUGGUGACCUGUUACCUGGAACAAAAGGAGAGCUAGUGGCCUGUUUAACUUGCUCUGCAGCUGCUAUAAAUAGACUCCCUGUUUCCAAGAGGAAUUAAGGGGGUGUUUAUCUUCUAAAAACCAGACAUUUCCUGAUGCUCUAAACUGUUUUAUUCAGUGCUAUAAAGGAACUAGCUGCUCACAUGGCCCUCACAUGGCAGAAGAAAGAGGAAAGGGAACCCCACUUUUUUCUUUCACAUCAUUAUGUGCCUUGGCAUUGGGCUAGCAAGGCAUCUUCAUGCGUUAAUUCUGUGAGGCAGGUCUUGUUACCCCAUUGAGGCGUAUGGAAAACACCACUGAUUAUAAAAUACACCAUUUUAUGUACUGCUAAGGGGAAAAAAAGGCUGCCAAUUCUAACUGCAAGAUGUCACAGCUAUACAAUUCAUUCUAAUCAGAGACUUGAAAUGUGGAAAAACUGUGCGGCUUAGGACUGAUGAAACGCAGGGUUGUGCCCACCUGAUGGGUAAGGGAGCCAAGGCCCUAUGAAUGAAGUGACUUAGGAUCAAACUCACUAGGUGGCAGGGCUGGGACUCAAACAUAGGAGUAUCUGGUGCUGACUCCCACACUCUCCACUGCCUGGCCCCAGCCCCCCAAAGCUUGAGACUGCCUUGAGUUUUCUCUUUUGAAACUUCUCUGGGCAGUUCCUGGGGGAGCCCGGGCACCCGCACCUGUAUGGAGAGUUCCAGCUCUAGGCUGUGGUCCCUCUGCCACCCAUACUCUGGAAGGACAUGUGUCCUUCCUUUCAGGCUCAUCUUCCCACUGCCCACCUUUUCCUGGCAGAGCUGAGCUCCGUGAGGUCCCGAGUCCAACCUGAAGGCCUCCUUUUGUUACACAGGAGCGCACACAUGAGGCAGCUUGGGGGAGCAAACGAGCACCUUGUUCCGCCACCUUCCUGGGCCUCAGCACCACCACCCCCUCAAGCAGGGAUUCCAGGGGGAAGAAGGGGGAGACCAGAAGACACUCCUUUGUUGUGGUCUUGUGCCUAUUUUGAGCCAUCAGAGAAGCUGGGCCAUUUCCAAGUCAAAACAACCUCCUUUUUCUAGUCCAUUCCCAGAACUGGGAGUCUUCUGGGAUUUAGCCUCACAGGGCAGCUGCUCCCCUAAGUGCAGCAACACUUUGCUCAACACCCACUCAUCAGCAUGGCCUCUUCUGGACGCGGUGUUGGGAAUUGGGACUAAAGACAAAGCCUGCAGGAAGCAGAUUGUCCAGAGCAGGAGAUGGACAGAUGUGUAAACUUUUAUUUGAUCCCUCUGGUGUUGGGGCCUAUACUAGCACGUAGUAGGUACUCAUUAAAGGUUACUGAAGGAACCAGAAAUCAAGUUAUGAAUGCUCAGGGGGUUGGUAAAACAUCACACUCACACACACACACAGUCAUUCAACAAACAUCUGCUGAGUGCCUACCAGGUGUGGGGUGCUGGGAAUGAAGAGCUGAGAGGAUAGCCCUAGCUCUACCUUCAGAAGGAGAGGCAUUAACAGGAUAAGACGACACUGGGGACAGAAUCCUUUGGGGUUUCUUGGCCAUUCUGUUGCCUUCGGGGAUUUAUCCUGGUGAGUGCCCACGACUGCUCUCCUGACCCAGAACCUCCUGCAUGCUUCCAGAAGCCUCCUCCGCAUUAGAAAUGCCAGGCACCUUGCAGUCAGUGAGCUGCCACCAAAAUGGCCUUGGGCAGAACCCUCAAAGGUUCCACUGCUUGAUGAUUACCUUCAAGUCCUGCCAGGGGGACAUGUGGGGAGAGGCCUACCUGCUCCUUUCAGGCGGGACCGGAUGCUGGAAUCAAUCCCCGAGUCCCCAGACAACCCCGUCAGUUCCAGUUGGGAAUGGGCUUGCACAAAAUCUUGGAGAAUGAGAGGCAAUAACCUCCCCCUGCUCGAUCCCAUCUCUGCCCCAGUUUUGGCAGAGGGACGCCCGCUCAGGAACACGUGGCCUCCUGGCAUUUCUCAGUAUUUAACUGUGUGUCUUUUCCAAGCCCUAAUGAAAUGACUUGUACAACAAUCUGUCUGUGCCUUAUGAAAGUGUCUGUGCACUUUUUAUCCUUUUUAAAAGCAACGUUAAAAAGUGGGCAAGGGACUAGCAUACAUGGUAGUGUUCUAGAAAUAUGUGCUAAUCACUUAAACCCUUCUGCAUUAUGGUUUUGAUGUAGGAGUGAUAAAGUGUACGUCUCUCAUCCCAUCCCCCCACUACCUGUGUACAGACCUUUUUAAAAAUAUCUCUUAUUCUUAUUUUUCUGAUUCAAUACUGUGACUUCUCCAACACAAUCUAAUCUUUGGGAAUCUGUAAUAAAGGUUUUAAAACUUGGGGGUGGGGUUGGGGAAGGGUUUGCCCUGGUCCCGUGUGUUGUGCUUUGCCUGUUGUGUGUUUUGGUUUUUGUCUAUUUUUAUCUGUUUUAUAUUAACAUAAUUUUUCUGUUUAAAAAACAAAUACAACUUUGGCUUGUUAAAAAAGAAA